UGCAGGUUAAAGCCUACCUCGUCGCGUUACCUCGUGAAGUGAGCUCGAGUGUCUAAAUAUUCGUUGUGCUGACCUGCAAUACAGCUAACAUCCACUGACAAGUGUUAGUGAAAUAAUAUGCUAGUGAGGACAAGAGUUCUGCUAGUUUAUGUCGGAAACACACGCCUUCAGUCACACUCAUUAACGUUUUUGGGCCAAGGAGACACAACCUGAAAUUCAAAAACUGAGUCGAAGCAUCAGAAACCAUCGAUCAAAUUUGUGCUCUCUAGAAGUAGUUCGUCAUGCAAGAGAAAUGAAAUAUUUUCCAAAACUAUUAUACCGAAGAGUCAAGCUCUGAUCAUUGAUACAUAUAAUCAAUCAUGGAGCUCAUUGGAAGUAUCUGCAGUUUUAUAUUAAGAUAUUUGUAAAGAAUAUUCAGUGUGAAUAGAUACUUUUACAUAUCCAGCAAUUAAAAGAAGCUAGAAAAUCAUUAAGCGAUCAAAUUACAUACAAAAAGGAACACAACCUACCAUAUUCUUCAAUUUUCAACUUUGUGCAUUUUCAAAUCUAGCCAUUUCUUAUCUAUUCUCCAAUUUUUAACUUGUGCAUUUCCAAAUCUAGCCAUUUCAUAUCUAUCUACUUUGUCAUACUGUAAAAAUUAUAGUGUAACAAUACAAUAAUUGAAAUCAUCAUCCUAUGAAUGGAACUCGGGAACAAUUGAAAAAUAGCUGUUACAGAGAAAUAUAGGGGUUGAAACAUAUUUAUUCAGCUUAAGAUGAUACGUAUCUUCACUUUGUAUCAUUAGUUUGUUGAAAGUAAUCAGUGUAACAAUGGGUUUGUGCAGUGCUAGUGUAUCAAUGAGUGGAGCAACGCGUUGCAUGGUGUUGCUUGUGUUUGCAACGCAACUAGUGAUGGCAAAUAGUGAAGUGACCUUCAAACGAAAACCGGUCAUCUAUAUGAACCAGUUUGCUGUUCACAUACCAGCUGGCGAGCAGGUUGCCAACUCUAUAGCAGCGAAACAUGGAUUCCGCAAUAUUGGACAGAUUUAAACAUCGCUUUACAAACUGAAGGUGUAGCCUUAUUGUAUGCUGGAAGAUUGGACAGACUCCAGUCUCCAGAAGCAAAGCCUGAUUCGGGGUGUAUGAUGGGAGACAAAAUACCUUCUUAAGGAAGAAACGCUGGAUACUUUCAACCACAUCAUAGAUUCUUCCUCCCCACACCUGUGCUGCGUAAGAAAUCACAGACCUUCCUACUGCAUCGAAGAUUUGUAGCUUUGAUUUGAAUGGUAUCCCAUCAUUGAGGAGGAUAUCAUUG